AUGGACUCAGUUGAAAAUACACCCACAUCAUCUGGAUGUACUCCCGCUGCGAGUAUCACACUGGACCAAUUCUCGAGACUUCUUGAUUUUAAGUUGGAUACUAAACUGGAAAGCUUUCAAGCAUCCAGAACAAUAACGAAGGAAGUUAGUGAUCAAACAGUCAAACUAAAAUCCGAGUUCACCGUAACGAUAGAUUUUCUUGCGGAGGAGCAAAGGGACCUAAAAGCUGAACUUAAGACGUUGUCAGAGAAUGUCCGCAAGCUUGAAGAUGAAAGAUGCAACUACAAUCCGAAUUAUCCCAAAUGA